UUUUUUUUAUUUUUUUUUUGGAUACGGACGACACGCCUAGCAGCAAAAAUGGCCACAGAUACGACUAUGGACACGAACAUGGAUGUGUCGAUACCGACCGCGACGGUUUCGGAGCAGGCACAAACAAAACCAGAAAAAUUACCGACGACCGUCGAGAAGCCUACUCCAUACACCUAUGACCUGGGCUACCUGACAGCGACGGACCCAAACCCUCUCCCCGCCACUUCACAGCUCCUCGCCCAAACCCUCUCCGAGCGCAACGAGUCACUCCGACUGAUCGCCCGCGACGGGGCCCAAUCGCUCCUCAACACCCUCCUCACGACGUGCGCGAUCCAGUCGACGCCGGAGGGCCUGAUCAUGACCCUGCCCACGCCGCAGCAGUACCUGCCGCGGUGGAAGCCGCUGCCGAAGCCGAAAGCGCCGACCAAGUGGGAACUGUUCGCGCGCAAGAAGGGCAUCGGCAAGUACGGGGGCAACCUGAAGGGCGGGGCCGCGCAGGAGGAGCGGCGGAAGAACCUGGUCUACGACGAAGAGAGCGGCGAGUGGGUCAAGAAAUGGGGGUACCAGGGCCGGAACAAGAAGGCCGAAUCCGAGUGGCUUGUCGAGUUGGACGACGAGGCCGUGCGCAAGGAAAAAUCUGCCGCCGAUGGUGGUGGCGAGGAGGGCAGGACGAUCCGGGGAGAAGGGAGGAGGGAAAGGAAGGAGAGGAUCAAGAGGCAAGAGAGACGGCAGAGGAACAAUGAGCGGCGAAGCAGGAAGGGCGGGAAGACGGGUUGAUCAAGGGCGGCCAACAGCAACAAUGACUUCGUCAUCAACAGUCAAUCAUGCCAAUUGUUAUGUGAUACGGGAAGAAAACUCCAAACCGGGGCCAAGGGGUUGCAUUUACCAAACAGUAAGCCAGCCAUUGAGUGGCUGCGUCAACCCGCUUCUGAUGCGACAGAAAGUGAUGGUACUGCCAUUCGUCUGUUGCGCUACAUGGACGUAUAUCUGCACUACUGGGAGCUCGAGACAGUCGAGCGCCAGCCACGCCGAGCCGAAGAGGACCAAGUGGCGGAGGCAAGACCACUCCGGAGAGUCUUCAAUUCGCGGAGGCCAUGUCUUUGGGAGAGGUCAGGCCGAUGACGGCGUGAACAGGGAGAUGUUGGGAAGAUGAUCAAGAUGCUAGAAAUAAUGGGCUUUGACAACAUCUGACAGUUGGCGUCAUCUCCAGCCGCCGUCUGCAUUCGACUCGAGUGCAUCACAAAUCUAUGGUCUCAAAUGUCACUUUGCCUCCCCUGCUUCAACCUCGUCGGGGCUUUCCCGCCAUGUCCAGUCCAAAAUCUUACAUACGCCUGUUCAUACAAACAGAGCUUCACUCUGUAUCAUUCUCUUGCAGUCUCUACCUAGGUUAUACCAUUCCCCUCAUGAAUCUUCAUCAAUGUUUCGAGGCGAAAGCCAGAAGAAAGCCACAGUGCAAUGCAACCACAAAAGACACGAUGCUAAGUAGAAAUC